AUGAGGCUGAGAGAACGUGGCAGUCGCCCAAAUGGUCGUACUGAUUUGUACCAAGUGCACAAUUAGCGCCUGAUCAUUUAGUUGAUAAUAAUCAUCUCCAUCUUUGUUACUUCUUCCUGAUUUACAAGUAUUCUACUCAAUUCUUCAUUCUUCCAUGGCUCUAGAAAGAAAAAGGUGAAUCGGAACAUUGAUCUUCCAGUUUGUUUAUUGUGCUACUCAAUCGUUUAUACUUUAAUCAACUACUCUUUUAACAAUUCCGGUCCAAAUUAAUUAAUGGCGGAAGAUAAGGGAGUGGAAUAUGCAAUUCAGCGUGAGUUGCAAUUUAAACAGAAGAUUGCAAAUUUAUUUCCAGAUAAUGAGGUUUUUCCCUUAGAGAUAAAACGAUGGAAAGCUUUGAUUUCCAAGAGAAACAGAUCAACUGAUGGAAUAACAGAUUGCAGCCAAACAACAACAACAUUUGAAUCUGAUGAAGAAAUUAAUGCUAGAGGUACCAUCUCAAGGAGCAAUUCAAAUGUAAAAAGACGGAAAGCUUUGAUUUCCAAGAACAAGAAAUCUGCUGGUAGAAUAAUUGAUUGCAAUGCAACAACUUGUAUACACACCGAAGUUUCUCAGGAGACGUUAAAACAUUUGGAAUCUGAUGGACAAACGCUACUACCGAAUCAUUUUCCAAGUAUGACAUUGCCACCACGCCCAUCAUUAAGCCCUACGUAUACUUACUCACGUAGAAAGAAACAUGCAGAGUCCAGCAACUCUGGCUUUGUGUCACCUCAACAGCAGCAUAGACCAAACAUAAUGCACUACUGUAAAGACUCUGAAGUUUACUGCUCUGGAGCUCUAUGUUAUGAGUUGCACUUGAGAGGCAACAAGCACAAGGUAAAACUGCAAUACCGGGGAGAUUCAAGUGUCAACAGAAAAAACAAGCAAGUUAUAAGAUGUGACUUGUGCGAAAUUUACUGCCAGGACGAAACUUCAUUAGAGAUGCACCUUAAAGGUAAGAAACACAAGGCUAAAAAACAACAUGAGAUGGAACAUGGAGGGAAGAUUAAAGAUGAGAAGGGGCAGCUAUUCUGGUGCGAAUUAUGUCAAGUUCCAUGCAUGAAUGAAGAAACUUUCACAUUACACCGCAAAGGAAAAAAGCACCGGAGACAACUGUAUGUUCUUGAGGAGAAGAAGAAAGCUGAAGCCCAAGGACUCUUCCAUGCCUAGUUUCGAAUCCACACAACAGAACGGGGACCGGUUGAGGUUCUUAGAUGAUUGAACGCAUAUUACACAGUAGCAUUAAUCACUUAUAUGUCCAAACUAAGCAAAAUAUUGAUUGCAAUAUUGCUCCAAGUACUAGUUUUAUAGGUGUCAAUCACAUUUCAGGUGCAUUUUACUAAGUUAUUAUAGGUCUCAAUGUGGUUAGAAUUUUAAAAAUUUUGUUUGUGCUCCUUACUUUUGUCUGAUUAUAUGUAAGUAAUAAUAUAAGAAUUUUAGUUACUCUGUGUGCAUUCUAGACAUGCUUUGCAGCCAGCCCAA